AUGAGUUUGGAAAAGGGGAAACAGGAGAACAACGCUAAUAACCACCAGACUGCCUCGUAUUGGCAGAAUAGGUUCGACGAAGAGAGUGAGAAAUUCACGCUAAAGGGUCAGCAGCAAGGACAAUCGAAAGUAAAAGAAAGUACGGAAUCUAUUGUAACUGAGAAAACAACGGCAGGGUCGAACAAUGGUCUCAUCAAGAAGGAGACAGAUAAGGGCCAAAGCAAUGUUGCUUCCUACUGGCAGCAGAGGUUUGACGAGGAGAGUGAUGGAGAGGAGGAGGGGCCAACCGAUUCCGACGAGAAAUCCAAGCCGCCAGGAAAAGGAAGGGCGGUAGGGGAAGCCAAGCAUCCAUCGUCGGCAUGCACAGUCUCGGUUCAGAACAGACAAGAAUUUUCGGCAGACACUAUGAAAACAGAACGUACCGCGACGCCUGAUUCAGGAGCAUCUUUAUUGAGACACAGCAAGAUUCGAUCUCGGGGGGUGCCAGGAGCGUUUGGUGUACCGGGAAUACAGGGCCCUGUCGGAGGCAGUGAAGAAAUGCAUGCCGAUAAUGCUUCCAGGGAAGGUCGAGCCGACACCCCCUCGGCUGAGCAGGAGCGACCAGUUCUUCACGAACACACGAGUGGUUUAGCUGUUGCAGCGCCAGUUGUGGACGAUAGCAGAGAUCUGGAAAAUGCUCGCCCCAUCACCCUUGAUGAAUCCGAGCACUUUACUGAGAGGGAACGGGCACAGCUUGAGAAGAAGAAGCAGACACAAUUCCAUAUCACUAUUGGUGUUCUGAUGGCCAUAGCUCUCGUCAUUUUCUUUGUCAUCUUUGCAGUCGUGGAAAGUGAAGAUGGCGCUUCUAAACAAGAGAUACACUCUAGACCUGUCAUGAACGCAACCAAUUCACCUGAGACAGAACCCCCCAAGACCCGCUUUGACAUUUUGGCUGGGCUGCUUCCUGACUACACAAUUGAGAGGAUUCAGAUCGAAGGAACUCCUCAAGCCUUUGCCUUUCAUUGGCUUGAAAAUGAUACAAGCUUUGAGUUCUAUUCUGAUAAACGCCUGCAGCAAAGAUAUGCCUUGGCCACAUUCUGGUUCUCUACUAAUGGGGAGGAUUGGGGACCAAAUUGGCUCAAUAUCACACAGCAUGAGUGUUACUGGGAGCAUUUUAUGGGUUGCGGUCCUCAGUACGAUGCCUUUGGUAUGAGGAAUUCUCCAUUUCGCUUCAUUAAUGGCUCAUGUGCUCCCAUAGGAACUGGAGUUUCAAACUCCACAGAAAUUGACGCCACCACAACCUUGGAUGAUGAUGACUUCCUCUAUUUGGCAAUGUAUGAGCAACCACUGGGUGGCGAAAUUCCACCUGAGAUUGAACUGCUCACGUCCCUGAAGGUUAUCCAGUUCUAUGGAACCACAAUCAAGGGGACCAUUCCAUCUGUAGUUACAAAAAUUACUUGGUUGCAAGACCUAGUCCUCGGGGACACAGCUUUAACAGGAACAAUUCCAAGCGAACUGGCUUUAUUGACGGCAUUGAAAAGCCUGGAGCUUGGGGGUACAGGGCUAACCGGAACAUUCCCUUCUGAGCUUGGCCUUCUCUCCAAUCUUGUAACCUUCCACAUUGCAGAGACCAAUGUGACUGAGUCGAUCCCUGUUGAAUACUCCAACUUGGGGAAUCUCCUUGAUUUCUAUGUUGUUGGAAACCUGAUUAGUGGAACAAUCCCCAGCGAACUGGCAUUAAUGUCAUCUUUAGAAUGGUUCAUAGUGUGGAACAACAACUUGUCAGGAAGGAUUCCUAGUGAGCUUGCAGCUCUAGAUAAUGUCUGGCUGUUCUAUUUCUUGCAAAACAGUUUCACAGGAACAAUUCCGACUGAGUUCGGUACAAUCAAGGGCAUUGAGGAUCCAAGAUGGUUCAGUCCACAUGAAGGACAACUAUACUUCAGCAACAACAUGAUGACUGGAAAAAUCCCCUCUGAAUUGGGCCAGGCCACCAAACUCUGGAGGCUUUAUCUCAAUGACAACUACUUUACCGGGACACUACCAACAGAAUUAGGGAGGUGCACGAAUUUGCAAAGGCUAUCAAUCCACAGCAAUAGUCUUUCAGGUACCAUCCCAGAGGAACUCACAUUGAUGCGUUCUGUUGAACGCCUUCAUCUGCAUAGCAACUAUCUGAGUGGUACGCUACCAGAUGGACUUUCUGCAUGCAACCAUACCAUGGACUUCCGGGUGUCGGACAACUUUUUCACGGGUACUGUCCCACAUGAGCUCAAAAACUGGACCCAGGUGGCACAGAUCCACCUUAAUAACAAUGAAUUCACUGGGCAGCUUCCUUCCGAGCUUGGAUCACUUGGCACUCUGAAAGAGCUCAAGGUUGCCUCAAACCUUUUCACCGGAACUAUUCCAACAGACAUUGGGCUGUUGGCAGUAAAUGGGAAUUUCAAACUCUUGAAUUUGACUGACAAUGAGAACCUCUAUGGAAGUAUACCAGAAGAGUUGUGUGAUUGGGCCUCAGAUCCAGGAUUGGGAAAUGUUGUGGAGUUCGAUUGCGGACCGGUUUGUGGUUGCAGCUGCCCUUGCAGCAUGCCAGAAGCACCACUCUCAAACGUUUCUUCCUCUCUUGUUGUCAUCCCCAAUCUCGCAAAUGACUCAGCCGUGGACGGGGGUUUGUAA